AUGGCCCUGCUGGUGCUCCUGUCGUUCGAUGUUUAUCUACGACCAGGGGAGGGGCUGACGCUCAAAGCCAAGAAUCUGGACGACUACGUGCCGGACAAGACGGGGGUGUUCAACAACUCGCUGCCGCUGGACCACCCAAGGACGCAAAAGUGGCUGGGGAGAGCGCUGGAGAAACUGAAAAAGGGCAAAAAGGAGAACGACCUUCUUUUCAACGUGGAGGCGGAAAAGUACCGAAAGGCGUUCGAGUCGGCCGGCGCUUGGCUGGGAUUGCCCGGGCUUCGCACCUACCAACUUCGGCAUGGAGGAGCAGCAGACGACCUGUUGACGAAGACAAGGGAGUAUGCGGCAGUCAAAGACCGUGGAAGGUGGAGAACCGACUCAUCGGUGCGGAGAUACGGCAAAGUGGGCAAGGUUCAGACGUUGUUGAACAAAAUGCCACGCUGGGCAUUGGAUUACUGUCGAAGAGCCGAGGCCUCGAUGGAGGCAGUGUUGAGCGGAUCAAAGAACCCGCUCAGCCAGUGA